AUGGGUAUUAAGGGUCUUCAUGAUUUUUUAAAAUCUAUCACAAAAGACUGUUCUAUUGAAGAAUUUCACGGAAAAUGCCUUGGUAUAGAUGCAUCGUGUUAUUUGUUCAAGGGGGCAUAUUCUUGCGCUAAAGAACUUGGCCUUGGAAUACCAACUACAAAGUAAGUAUUAUCUCAUUGUUUUCUAACUAACACAAUAUGAAUUGUGCUAUUAUGUAACGUAUGUUUGCCUGGUGCAUAUAAGCGAUAGUGUGAAUUCGAGUCGCUGAGUUGAUUGAAAUUUACAUAUAUUUUGUCAACGUUUUUUUAAUAUAUUGAUUUCAUAUAAUCUAAAUGAAAUCCACUUUUAUACUUGUCCAUAUUACCGUAUUAAAAUAUGUAUGUAUGUAUGGCAACAAACGACUGCAGCUACCACAAUAUCUAUCUUAACUCAUUAACGCGCAAGCUGUUACAAUGUUUCUACCCCCCUAACGUGCAAGCAAUAUGGCGAAUAUGUGACUGAAUUCAAGAGCUUUCACCAAAAUGGCAAUAUCUCAGAAACAGUUGCAUGAAAAAAUCUGGUCUUUUCAACCAAAUAUUAUUAAUAUAUGAUUGACCAAAUUUAGUUUAAAUGAACUUGCAUACCUAUAUAUAUAAUUAGUUUUUUCAAUGAGAAUUUUUAUUUGUAAACCAGUGACACUAUUUUUUUCAUGUCACUCAUCACCUAAAGGGGCAAUAUCUCCAUAUAUUUAUAUAAAAACAAAAAAAAAAUUAUUUACUAAAUUAGUACAUAUCUAUAUUAUAACCAGUUUUCAUCUAUUGGGAUAUGAAUUAGAAAGUGAUCAAAAAUUAUAAAAAAUACUCCUUUGCUUUUUUGGGCAAGAUGUUUACAACAUGAAAUUUAGAACAGUAACUAAGUGUUAAAAUUGAACAAAGUGUGCAAGCCAAAACACAGUGCUUGUACAUCUUUGGAGUUUUUAAUUACCUCAAAUAUAUUUAAAAGGACAUACGGUACUAGAAUAUAUUUGUUUUCAAUAUAAACCAAGGAUGGGAAGGUGAGAAAAUAGGAAUUUUCUGAGGUGUUUUUAACACAGACAAUGACAGCCGACAUUUUCAAAGGCAAAUUGCCCGUGACAAAACCAAAAGUUAUUCACUUCUCUACUCAAAGCACUGAAAAACACCAUAAAGAGGAAAACAUUUUAAACAUACAUCAGGUAAGCCUUUUAGCUCAAUUUUCUCAUGUUUCUGUUUGGAAAGAAACGGUUUUUAGCCAAAAUUAUUUUGCGCGCCAAUGUAGGCUGCUAUAAAAUGUCAGACACGCGUUCUCUUUUGAAGUCUGGCUCUGAAAAACAAUCGCUUUUUUUUAGUUUGAAAUAAGCUUUCAUUAGGACUAAUUGUGUAGAAAUGUUAUCUGUAUGCUCAAAUGAAAAAGAUAACCUAAUAGUCAGGUAUUCAACAUAGCUAUAAAAGGGUGAAAUAAGGACUUUCAUCUUUGGUUGUUUGUCAGACAUGAGAAACCACAUUAGUGCCAUUUUGUCGCGCGUGCUUGCUAUUUUAUAAAAUAAACACCUCAAAACCAUAAACUUUUAGUUCAGAAAAUUACAAAGUUUCCCAUAGACAUUAUUAAAAAUGUUCUAGUGAAACGAUUUCAUGAUAAAUAAGCGAGCAAUGGGCCCGAAAGGAUGGCUAAAUUAUGUUUUUGUUGGGACUUCAGUUUCAUGGCUUCCCGCAAAGGAAGCCAUUUCAGAGAGAAGCGACAACAACAGCAAACAACCGUCGCGACCAAAUUUUGAUAACUUUUCCUUCUGAUUCAACAUGUAGUUACUAGAAAAUGAGGUUGGAUCAACAUUACUAUCUGCCUUAUCGAUUUAAAGUUUUAUGGGGAUAUAAAACCCAAUACAAAAAGCAUUUUAAAAGCUUUAGAACUCAAGUGCGGACUUUCUGAGAAUUCGCACGCGGCAAGCAAGCGCAUUAAUUCAAUACACUUAUUUCAAACCACAAUAUGUCUGAAACAAGUUGUCAUUUUAAGACUAAAUUGAUGAAAAUAGAUAUAACAGUGAUUUUGGAGUACCCCACUUACUUAGUGUAAUUUAAUACUCGAAGUAUUCUUGCCAAAUAGGGCACGUACGCACACAGUAAUUUAAUCUGGUGUCGUUUGAAACAUACUUUAGCUAAAAUAACAACUUGAACAAGAAGACCAACAAUGGGGUUACGAAAACAGUCGAAAUUGUGCCCAAAUUUGCAUAAACAGUUUGUCUAAAAAGAUAACUUUAAACUAGAUUCAACCAACAUUAAUGGAGUCGAAUUUUGUGAGUGUUUGAUCGCAUAUUUCUACUCAAAAAUACCCUUUAAAAAAUCGUAUCUGCUCACUUGUGUUCCGUGUUCAUCUUUCUUGUGAUUUCCGACUUCUAUUUUUAAUAAAGUUUGGAGAAAUCCUCCUCUUUUUGGCUGAAAAUCUCGCGCAUGGUUCACAAAAAAACUUGGCCCCAAAACGUCAAUAUAUUCGCUUUCCUUUCAUGCCAAAUUUUCGUUGUAGUUGAUUCAGAAACCUCUUCUUUUCUUGCUUUUAAAACUUGCUGUAAAAUCUUUCUUUGUAACAGAAUAAAAACAAACAAAAAAGAUUUUCUUAAAAAAACCGAUUCAAUCAAUUUUCCUUUUGACAAAAAAAAACGGAAAAAAAUUGGGAAAAUACUUGAAUUCGUAUUCAUAUAGUUCUGUACCCUGGCUUAUUUCAGAUGUGUGUAAAAGCGAAAAUAAGACCGAAAUAUUCGUAUUAUUUUAUAUUCACAACCGAAAUGGCCGCCAUAUUUUUUUACCCAGUGUUUCCACCAUAUUAUGAAAUUUCCUUUAAAUUUUCAUAAGGAAAUUCACAUUAAAAACAUUUCCUUUUUUUUCAGACGGUUUUCGGUUUUUACCCUGAACCGCCCGACCCUACUCAGUUGUCCUUUUUGCUUUGGGGGGAAAGUAAAAGUCUGCAUUACCCUAUAAAUUUUAAAAUUCACGAACAUUCUUUACUUGAAAUGCAAAUAAUACAUAAGUAUAUUUAUAUUGUUUUAUAAUAAGUGGCUAUAGCUGACUGUUCAUGGUAAAUUUGAAGAUUUUUUUAUUGGGUGAGGGGGGCAGGACUUAAUAUCUGCCCUCCUGUUUACUUUAAUACUGGGGAGGACCUUUCCCUACAUCCUAUGCCACAGGCAUAGUUUGCUAUGCCAUGGGCAUAGUUAGAUAUGACAGAUACAUUGCCUUUACUAGGAGAGGAAGAUGCAGGAUGCUAGGGGAAUAAUCAUUACUCAUUUGAUAAACUCUAUCAGGAAAAUUGAAGUAGUUUUGGAGAAUGAUGCAGAACAACCACCAGACUAUGACUGUCUUACUUUCAGGCUUGAUCAUCUCAACCAGGUUUUGGUUUAUUGUUCAAGUAUUAUAAAUGUACCACCAGCAGUUAAUGAAUUGGUUAACAAGUGUCCUGGUGUUCUGGAAUCACUUGAUAAUGGGGUAAAUGACAGCUAUUUUGCUCCAACAGUGAAAACCGGUUUGCCUGGACAACCUGCAUAUAAAAUCACUAAAGACCAAUUGUUGUUCUUGGUUUCCUCAGGGUUUAAUGUUCCUCAGAUUUCAUCAUUGUUGAAUGUUGGCAAAAUGACUAUUGAGAGGAGGCUCCAUGAGUUUGACAUCUCAAUAAACUGUUUACCAACAUGA